UUACUGUGAAACUUAGAGAUUGUUUGUGCAGUCAAAGCCGGCAACUAUUUGAGCUAUUUAAAAAAAUAGGAUAAAGUGUAAUUAGCAGUGAUCUUUUGGGUUAAAAUUAUUGAAAUGUGAUUGUGAUAUACGUGCAUAAUGCUGUUAGUGGAAUUUAAAGAUUGUACCUAUGGCUUAUAUAUACAUACAUGCCUAUGUAUGUAUAUUUCAAUGCACAAUUAUAUGUACACACGCAUUAUAUCGAGAGGCGUUGCCGUGAAUUGAGUGCCGGAAUUUAUUUAUUUAUAAGUAUUGACAUUUAUUUUUAUUUAUGUCAAUAAGUUUACUUAAUUUACUGUCUAUAGUGAAAAUCUAAUCCAUGAUUAAGAAUGUUUUAAGUAAUUGUCAUUUGAAUUGAACAUGUACAUACAGAUAUGUACGUAGUACGUACAAUCUUGUCAACAUAUACAGAUAAAUAGCUCAGUGUGACUGCAAAGGGGGCUCCCUAUAAAAAUAUGCAUUAAUAUAUAUGCAUAUGUGAACAUAUAACUUUUCUGAAUAAUGUUAAAAGAGAAUACCUAAUAUGUACAUAAGGACGUACCUAAAAAGUGAACAUUUAUUCAAUUUGCUAUACAAAAUUCAGUAUUUUGAGUGUGCACUGUAUUUCCCCAUACAGAUCAAAUUUGAUUGAAGUAAUAAAGGGUGAGUGACACAAGGCUUACAUCGCAAGUGUUAGGGGUUGUAAUGAGAUGGCGAAAAUAACGCGGAGUAUUAUGACAUCAACAUAGUUCAAACAUGAUCUAAGCUAUAAGAAAAUCUAAAUGACUACUGAUCUCGCGGUAGUUAUUUGUGAUUUUUGUAUACUUAUUAAAACGUAUAAAAUGAUACAAAUUAUUUUUUGUUUGACCUUUGGAAAAUACCCGAAGAGCGGCGCAAGUAAGUAUAUUUAUGUUCAGAUAAGAAUGGGUGUGUUUGAAAAUGUGUAUGUCUAUCCAUGUCAUGUAUGCGUGUGUGUAUACUAAAUAUACCAAAUGCAUUUCAGUAUUUUUAUCCAUUGCAGAAAAACGACUAAGGCAAAACGAAGGGUAAAAGGAAAUGGGUGGCGUAGUCCAGAACAAGAAGUGAGAAAAAGGAAUAUAUAUGCCACUUAAAAAAAUUUCUGAGUCUUGAAAAACAACAAAAUAAAAAAGUCGAAUAUAAUCGUAUGUAUUAUGUAUUAUGAAUAAGAAGGCCAGCUAUGAAUGAAAACAAUCUUUAAUACUUUAAAAAAGUGGAGUUUGGAUUUUCAUUGAAAUAUUUGUCGAACUGUGUAUGUGCCUAUCUAAUUUGAUGAUUAUUAAUGAAGGUUUAAUGAUAUACGACAAAUUGUAGCCAUUUAUAAAUGAUAUACUCCAACGAGUUAAAUAGUGUGAGUUUAUCUACUUAUCACUCCUUUGUAUAUCGCCCACAUCCAGCUAAAACAAUCCAGCUACAGCGUCGAGUUCAUAUGAAAGGAGCAUUGAAAUUAAAGAUGUUUGACUAAUGUUCAAUCACAAAUUCAAUUUGAAAUAUCUAAAUUUAAAACAUUAUCGAAGCAACAAUCAAUGUCAUCGUUAUCGACAUUAUCAUCAUCAACAAUGUCUAGUAAUGCCGUCUCAGUAAAUACAAAUACACAAAUGCUUAAUGAUAAUAACAUUACUAAAAAUGCAGCAUUUCAUAAAAUUAAUAAUCAGAAUACUCACCAUCAAAUGAUACAAGUACAACAACAAAAAGUACAUCAAAUCCCAUUAUCGGAAGAUCCACGCACGUUGCAAUUGGCAUUGGAAUUAUCGUUAGUUGGAUUGAAUGAACACCAACACAAUAACAAUCCAAAUAGCUUUGUUCAUCCAUUAGCCUCGCAGGGUGAUUAUGAAUUGGCAUCUAUUAAUUUAGUAUCUGCCGGCUAUGCUGCGAAGACUGAUAUGCCAAUAAAUACUGGGUUCGGAUCUGGGUCUAGCAUCUUGAUGCCAUCAGCCGGGUUGGAUGAUAGAUCGAAAAAGUCACAAAACAUGACGGAAUGUGUUCCUGUACCAAGCUCUGAACACGUUGCCGAAAUUGUAGGUCGACAAGGAUGCAAAAUUAAAGCACUGAGAGCAAAAACAAAUACUUAUAUCAAGACCCCAGUUCGGGGUGAAGAACCUGUAUUUGUGGUAACAGGACGCAAGGAGGAUGUGAACAAGGCUAAACGUGAAAUACUCUCAGCAGCGGAUCAUUUUAGUUUAAUUCGGGCGUCGCGCAAGCCCUCGAUGGAAGGUUCAAAUAGUAGCAGCACCGCUCUAACGGAAAAUAGUACAACGUGCUUGUCCUUAAAUAGUUGCAUCGGUAUUGUUGCUCGCACAACCCAGACGGGUCCACCAUGUUUACCAGGCCAGAUUACCAUACAGGUUCGCGUACCAUAUAGAGUGGUGGGCUUGGUGGUUGGACCUAAAGGUGCAACCAUCAAGCAUAUACAACAGGAGACACAAACAUAUAUUGUCACGCCGUCAAGGGAAAAAGAGCCGAUAUUUGAGGUAACCGGACUGCCCGAGAAUGUCGAAACGGCACGCAAGCAAAUUGAGGCGCACAUUGCAUUAAGGACGGGUAACAACAGUACACAGGGCAGUGAAAAUGGUACUGAAUCAACAGAUUCGUCGACUGACUAUACAUCACCUAUGAAUACUAUAAAUACAAUGUCGCAAAUAUUGAACGAUGACAUUAACGCGGAUAUACUAUCUUCUAUGUAUGCGAUUGAUUCAGAUGCAAUGUCGUGUAAUUUCACUUCUGCCAAUAACACACAAAACAUUUCGAAUUUAGUUACAACUUCAACAAUUACAAGUUUGUCAAAUUGCUUUGAAAGUGUUGAACUAGUGGACAUUGCUACUGCUGUAAAUACGUCAAUUUUGCCACCUUCGUCAACUGUUGGUGAACUAAAUGAUCCCCCAAAUAAAUUAAAUGAAAAUUUGAAUGCCAGAAAUCAUUUAACAAACUCGAAUAAUAGUGCGAAGUCGAGUAGCUCAUGUCGCAAUACGACACAUGGUAUAAAUAGGCACAAGAGCUUAUCUUUUUGUUCGCCUGCAUCUAUAUCUGUAUCAGCUAUAUCGAGUGCAAAUGCAAACGUAGCUGCUCAGUGCAAUUUAAGCUCGGCUAAUAUAUUGACUCGAUCCUGCUCAUCGGCCUCAUCGACAACAUCAACAAAAAGCACAAAUAAUAGCGCCAAUAGCAGUCAAAGUAUGAACAAUACACCUCCAGAGCUCUUAAACAUUUGGAAGAAUUUAAGUGAUUCCAUUGACGUAGAUGAGGGCAUUGGUGAUUCGCCGAGCAUUUGGAAUCAGCCAACGACUGGAGUUAAUGUAAAUGUGGUCACAACGACGGCAUCGCAUUCGCAUUGCUCGCCCACUGCUUCGAUAAGCCCAACAGACUCACUUUUUGCGGAACAACACAUUUUAAAGACAACGACAAAGAGUCUUGUUCAAGAUUUACCAUCAUGCCAUAAUCUACUGCUACGCCCUUCAGGCAGCCCUCUUAAAAUGCAUCAAGUACAUCGCGAAUGCUUUGUGUGCAAUAAAAGAGAAGUGACUACAGCUUUAGUUCCUUGUGGACACAAUAUGUUUUGCAUGGACUGCGCUAAUCAAAUCUGCGUCUCUAUGGAAUCUAUAUGUCCAAUCUGUCACUCGAUUGUCUACCACGCUAUGCGUAUUUUAGCUUAAAUCGAUUGCAUUAAAUCAUUUGCAGCAUAUAGUCUUUUUGAUUUGGUUUGUACACGCAAUGAUUCAAAAUUCAAACAUUUCAACAAAGAUUAGAAAUUCCACUCGCAUAUUAUUUAUGAAUAUACAUAUAUAAUUACUCAUAGUAUUAUAGUAGGUAUUGAACCAAAGUUUAGAUUGUUUUGAAUAGGCUGAAAAGAAAAUACCCUUGCAGAAAGUUCCUAAACUCUGGUGGCGACAUAUUGAUAGAAUUCAAUUUCAAAAUAUAUUUCACUAUCGAUCUUUAACAAUAUACGUAUGUUUUCAAUAAGUCCAAGAUUGAAUAAAGUAUCUUCUGCGAGGGUAUAUAAACAAAGAUAAUUAGUUAUGCUGAUUAGUCAGGAUAUAAAUAAUUAUUAUAAUGAAAAGCCGAUCAUAUCGCUAUAUGGAAUAAUCUUAUUAUAACGCCAAAUACAAACGACACAUUAAUAUUUUUAAGUUUUAUUAUUCGGUUGGAUAUAACAUAAUAUAAAUACAUUUUUAAUAAAUUGACAUUUUAUACUUACAUAUAUCUUCUACAAUUAUUUUAUUAGAUGAUAUUAGUGUGUAUAUAACAAGAUACUCUGGCUACUUAUUGAUUUUAAUUAAGAAUCUAAUAUACUUCCAAUAAUUACCAUGCGUAAUCACAAAAAUGUAUUUUCAUAAUCCUUUGCACCAUGCUAUAACAGGGUAUCAUGAAAAUUAUAUAAUUUAUUUAGCAGGCUAAAAUGAAAAAGCGCUCAUUA